CAAAAGGCGGAGCGCGAGCGCGGGGUGGGUUCCGUACGCUGACGUCAGACCCGCAUGGAACUGGGAAGAGCCGGCCGAGAGCGACCAUGACGAAGUUAGCACAGUGGCUCUGGGCACUGGCGCUCCUGGGCUCCGCCUGGGCGGCCCUGACCCUGGGGGCCCUGGAUCUGCCUUCUUCCUGCCGGGAGGUUCUGUGGCCACUGCCCGCCUACUUGCUGGUGUCCGCCGGCUGCUUUGCCCUGGCCACUGUGGGUUAUCGCGUGGCCACUUUUCACGACUGCGAGGACGCCGCCCGCGAGCUGCAGAGCCAGAUCCAGGAGGCCAGAGCCGACCUGUCCCGCAGGGGGAUGCGCUUCUGACACUCCUCGAACCCCUUUUACAACCCGGCAGCCCCUCCCUCCCAUCCCCCAUUAAAGAGCACGUUUACUUUCUGUGUA